GGCGGUAAAGGCGGCGGCGGAGGAGGAGGAGGAGGAGGCGGCGGCGGAAGCGGCGGCGACGGCGCGUCGGGCGGCGGCGGCGGCGGCGGCGGCGGCGGGUUAUGGGCGGCGUACCUCCGCGCGCUCGACACCGCGCCGCUCCUCACGAAGUGCUUCACGAGCGGCGUGCUGAACGUCUUCGGCGACGUGUUCGCGCAGUUCAUGUUCGAGGACGCGGCUCGGAACGGCUGCGACUGGAGACGCGCGGGCGUCUUCGCGCUCCUCGGGUUCGCGCUCGUGGGGCCGUGCCUCCACUUCUGGUACUCGUCGCUGUCCAAGAUCGUCGCGGCGACGGGGGCGGUCGGCAACGCGUCCGCGGGGGUCUCCCUCGCGCUGGAUCAGCUCGUGUUCGCCCCGAGCUUCCUCGCGGUGUUCAUCGCGUCGUUGUUUACGGUGGAAGGCAACGCGUCCGCGGUGCCGGCAAAGUUGAGACAGGAUUGGGCGAGCACGGUGGUUACCAACUGGAAGAUCUGGGUGCCGUUUCAGUUCUUGAACUUCCGGUUCGUGCCCGUGAACUUGCAGGUGCUCGCCGCGAACGUGAUCGCGCUCGCGUGGAACACGUACAUGUCCUGGGUCUCGCACAAGCCCGUG